AUGGGUUACAUGAAAACUACCUACGAUUACUUCGACCUCAACGCGCCUUUCACGCCUCUUCCCAGAUAUGGCCAUCUUUCGAAGAACAGUCCCGAAUACAAACAAGUAGAACCUUCCAUCCGAAAGACAUAUGAAGUGCUUUUUUCCCUUCCCGACUUUCCAAGUGUCCGCGCAGUCGCGGGUGAUGCAGACGCAGUGAUGCCGCCUGGGGGGCCUGAUCGCUACAAAAGUGUUGUCACAGAGCUGAUCGACAUUCCUACUCGUGACGGAAUCAUGAUUGAGCUCAAACUUUACAAGUCACCUGAUGCUAAGAACAACGCUGUUUUGAUGUAUCGAAUGCAUGGUGGUGGCUGGUGUCUUGGCCGUCAUGAAGUCGACGGUGUUGACAACGUAUAUGCUGCGACUAACACCGGCAUUAUCGUCAUAUACGGAAGGGUUGCUAACGGAUCCAGAGCCCCAGAGCAUCCCUUCCCAACACCAAUCAACGAUUGUUACGACGGGCUCAUCUGGUGCAAGAAGAACGCAGACAAAUUGGGAGUUGACCCAGAGAAAAUCAUAAUUAGUGGAGGCUCCGCUGGCGGCCAACUCGUGAAUCCUCCCCUUUAUUUUACCUAUGGUCAACAAUCUGACAACCUUGCAGGCAGCUUCGCUCGCUCUAGACUGCGUCAGAGACGACACUCUCCCCUCCUUUCGGAAUCGUUCAAGGGGCUCCCUCCAACACUUAUUCAAUGUGGUGGAACGGAUGUCCUUCGAGAUGAUUCUUUCGCCUACGCUGAUGCCCUCAAGAAAGACGGCGUUGACGUGGAACUUCACUGCUAUGCUGGGCUGCCACAUUGGUUCCCCGUCGUACUUCCCCAAACAUCGCAAAGCGUUCAUUUUUAUGAGAGAUACAACAACUUCUUGGCCAGGUAUGCAGGAAAGUGA